CAUCAAUUUGAGCAAUUGUUUGUCAUUGCAUUGAGUAUUGAAUGCAAAUAAAUGUUAUGAUUGUCUCAAUAAUUGUCUCACAAUUACAUUGUAUGGUCUCAUCAGUGAUGUUGUGAUUGCGUGCAUGUGUUGGACAAUGUGUUUGCCAUACAUUUGAAAGCAUAGUCUCAUUGUAUUGAUUGUCGACAAUGUUCUGGCAGUUUGACAACGGGUUUGUCUCUCAGAUCGAUGCCCUCCUCGACAAAGAGACCGUCUCUCUACAAGAACUCAUGGACGAGGAGGACAUUCUUCAGGAGUGCAAAUCACAGAAUCAAAAGCUCAUUCAAUUCAUAACUCGUGGUUCAGUAGUGGAAGAGAUGGUAACAAUGAUCACAAGUGAGCCACCGAUGGACGUGAAUGAGAGGAUGCGCUAUAAAUACGCGAACAUCGCGUGUGAGAUAAUGACCAGUGAUGUGAAUGUAAUAAUCGAUGCCUUAGUAUCGGAUGACUCGAUGCUCAGCAAACUGUACGGUUUCGUGGACAGGGAGGGCCCCCUCAACCCACUGUUGUCCAGCUUCUUCAGCAAAGUUAUGGGACUCUUAUUCGUCAAGAAAACGGAAGUUGUGUUUGAGUUUCUCAAGUCUAAAGACUUGAUUAGUUUACUGUUGACUCAUAUCGAGACGUCGGCCGUAAUGGAUCUGAUUCUUAAACUUAUAGUUAGUGUCGAUAACCUGGAUCUCAGAAAAACUAUAAUUGAUUGGCUCCACGAAAACGAUUUAAUUAAGAAAUUAUUAUUUAUAUUGAAAACCGAUUGUUUGCCUCAAAGGCAUAUAAACGCCGCGCAAUUGAUUUGUGACAUAAUUAAGACCAGUCGUGAACACCAGUCCCUACUUCAGGACAAAGCCGACAAAGACUUAUUGCUUGAGUCGCUAGAAUCCACUGAAACCGUGAGUCAAUUACUGGACCACAUCUUCACCACCAGAACAGAGAGCAGUCUCGUGAGUGGGCUCUCGAUAAUCCAAUCCCUUCUCGAAUAUAAGCGCCACUGUAUGAAUAUCAAUACACAGCACAUACCGACCCUUCAAACAAAUGUUCAAAAUUCUGAAUUCGAAGGAAUGCCUCAAUGCUAUGGCCAACAGAUGCAGAACCUUAAUGGCUGUCAACAGCCCACACCUCUCGACACCGAAAGGUUGACUCAAUGUAUACGACAAGUGGAGGCAGCGAUUCUGCCGCGACUCCACGAGUUCUCUUCGCUUCUGGAGAACCCUCCACAACAGCAACCAAUCAUAACGACCGUCGGUGUCAUCGAGAAGCCAUUGGGAGCCACACGUCUGGAAGUGGCGCAUCUGAUCACUGCUCUUCUCAACACUAAUAACCAACAAAUAAGUGACAAAUUGCUUCAAAUGAAUACUUUGCCUCUUCUUGUGAACCUAUUCUUCGAGUAUCCGUGGAAUAACUUUCUGCACAAACAAGUGGAGCAUACGAUCGCUUGUAUUGUGAACAACAAUUGCAACUCUGAAUCCAAUGGUAACGAAUUGCCUCCAGAUUGUGAUCAACCCAUCACUUCAACUAAUAAUGUCUCGGCUUUAGUCAAACAACUGUUAACUCAGUGCCAACUCAUUGAACGAAUUUGUGACUCUUUCGAUGAUAACAAUUCAUCCAAUAAUGAGAAUCAGACUGAAGCGAAGCCUAUAUACACUCCUCCGCCAGGAUAUCAGGGACAUUUAGUUAUAAUCGCCAAUUUAAUUACUAAUAAAUGCAGCACUGAUUUACUCCAACAACUCUUAUCCGCCGAAACAUUUGAGAAGUGGAAGACAUUUGUCGAACAAAUAUUAAGCAAAAUUAACACAACUCUCAACACUCCGCUCGUUAAUGAAAUGCCACAUUCAGUGGCAAUGGAUGAGGAGUCGCUCCGACAACAGGAAAGCACACUUCAACAGGCCUUCAUUGAGUAUCAGAUGCAACAAAUGACACGAAAUCUUUGCACUCAGAUUGCAUUCGCCGCCAAUGAGUUCACUGAACAUACACAACAAAAGGAUAAGAGUUUAGAGUUUGAAAAACUGUGUACCGAAAGAGCAAAAGCAAGUCUUGACAGUAAUAGCAGUGAUGACGAAGACCUAUGGGAAGACCGGGAGAUGACUUUCACUCAAACUAUUAACGCUGAACACAAGUUAAGCGUGGAAUCGGCUGUAUUUUCGGACCAUUCGUUCCAUACAUUCAAUUCUUCCACUAAUCAAAUGAAUAAACUCUUGAAUCCUAUGGAUGUCGACCAAAAUGAUCCCUGGGGUUCUGAAGAGAGCGCUGCUCCGAUGGCACCCAUUCCUAUGGAGACAUCCAAUCCAUGGGAGAAUCUGAACGCAAACAAAAUGGAAAGUCAGGAAACUAUUACGACCAGCACUUCGGCCAUGUCUUCGGGCAUAGAAGCAGACUCUUGGGCUGACUUCAGUAGUUUCUCGACAAUUGAUUUUAACUCUUCCAUAAUGAGCACAUCCAUCAGCAAUAGUCUCACCACACCUACGAUCACAUCUUUAUCUUCAUCUGAAGCGCCGAUCCCUACAACCGAUUUUCCUGAGAGUACUACAUGUGACGAACCAUUGCUAACAUCUGAAGUGGGCUCGAGUUCGAGCGCUGACUCUAAGAGUGCCGCCAAUUCUUCGCAGGACUCGGCUUUUGUUAAGAACUCGAGUGAAGAUCAGGAGAAUGUGGUCACGUCUUCUACCAGCGAUUCCAUAACUAAUGGUCCCAACUCUUGAACACAUCUGAUGUCUGAGCCAUUGUUUUAAUAGAAGUGAUAAUUUCUAAAUAAUUAUAUUAAAUAAGUCCUCUUAUAAGGAUUGAAAUAUAUAUUUAAAAUGAAUAAUCGAAAUAAAAUGAAUAAAUUUGACGACAAAUAUUUUUAAAGAUUAGUCC